AUGAAAAUGGAGGAGAUGUCUCUGUCCAGCAUGGACAACAGUAAGAUGGAGGGAAUUGCACAGGAGAUCCUGUCAGACUUGGUGGAAGACGCAUGUUUAGGUCUGUGUUUUGAGGUACACAGGGCUGUCAAGCAGGGCUACUUCUUCCUCGAUGACACAGACCAGGAGAGUAUGAAGGACUUUGAAAUUGUGGACCAACCGGGGGUGGAUAUAUUUGGGCAAGUCUACAACCAGUGGAAAAACAAAGAGUGCGUAUGUCCAAACUGUAGCCGGAGCAUUGCCGCGUCUCGCUUCGCUCCUCACCUGGAGAAGUGCCUGGGAAUGGGCAGGAACAGCAGCCGCAUCGCCAACCGCAGAAUAGCCAGUGGAAACAACACAAACAAAUCUGAGAGUGACCAGGAGGACAAUGACGACGUCAAUGACAAUGACUGGUCCUAUGGGGCAGAAAAGAAAGCCAAGAAGAGAAAGUCAGAUAAGAACCCAAAUUCACCAAGAAGAUCCAAAUCAUUAAAACAUAAAAAUGCUUUGUUGGGUCCCAAACGACGUGUAGAGAACCAGGAGAGUCCAUGUGUGUUGCUAAGAGACGAGGCGUUUCCACAGUAA